UAGGAAUAUAGAGAGCUGGGUUCAAUUUCCCCAUUCAGCCAACCUGAUCUACCUCACGGAGUUGUAAGAAGAAAAUGAGGACGAGGAACCAUGCUUGCCAUUCCUGGCAACUCAGAGGAUCAGCAUGUGAAAAAAGAAAUUGGAGAUGUGAGCAUCUUGAUAAAUAACGCUGCAGCAACAAAAGUAGCAGUACUGUGUUCAACCAAGGAUGAGCUGAUCCAGAACAUGUUCGACAUUAAUGUUCUUGCUCAUUUCUGGACAGUUAAAGCAUUCCUGACACCAAUGAUUAAAAACAAUCACGGACAUAUUGUCACGGUUGCUUCAUUCGCUGGGCAUUUAGGCGUUCCAUACAUGGUUUGCUACAGUUCAAGCAAGUGGAGUGCUGUGGGAUUUCAUGAGAGUCUGAAAGAGGAGCUGAGCCUUUUGAAAAUGGAUGGGAUUGAAACAACAUGCAUGUGCCCGGUUUUUAUGAACACUGACUCUGUAAAACUCCUUAAGGCAAGGUGCCCUUUGGUAGAAGUGGAAGACUCAGCCAAAGCAUUAAUGGAAGGAAUACUUACUAACCAGAAAAUGAUUUUCGUUCCACGGUGGGCCAAAUUUCACCAACUUAUGAAGUGUUUGCCAGAACGUGCUUACAAUACCAUCUUGAAUGCCGUCAUGUUGUUUCAAACUAUUUAAAUGAUUAAACGAUUGGUUAAUUCCACAAUA